AUCAUGACCAAAACUCAGGCCACUAGGAAGAAGUUUUAGGUGGGUUUUUCUUCCUUACCAAAUUUCAACCAGAAAAAAUGCUACUCCAACUCCAAAUCUUCAUUUUGCCUCUUCUCUUAUUGACAUUAGCAUCUGCAGAUCUUCUGCAGAAUCCGAGCUUUGAAUCUCCACCAUCAAACCUCCCAAAAGAUUCGAAAUCCCCAUUUGUUUUACUUAACAAAAACAACACAAUUCCCGGAUGGACAUUCGAAGGCACAGUCUUGUAUGUCACAGCUGAUGAGACCAUUUCAUUACCAAAUAAUGGACAUGCUGUGCAACUGGGGGAAGAUGGCAUAAUCAACCAGACAUUCCUUGCCAGUGCAGAUCACUUGCGCUAUGUGCUUACCUUGACAAUUGCACCACCAGAUCAGAAUCAGAAUUGUUCAGAUAAUGCUGAUAUAGUAAUCUCAGCACCAGAUAGUAAAGGGGUCUUUUCUUUGAAGCAGCCUUAUGGGAAGGAGACUUGGGAAAGCUAUGGCCAUUACUUGGGAAGCUGGGGUGAUGGAGAGUCAAUCAAUCUUGUGAUUCAUAGCCAAGCAGAUGACUCCAAUACCAGCUCCAUCUGCUGGCCUGUAAUUGAUGAACUUCUUAUUAAGAGCAUGCCAAAACUAGUUCAAGGAAAUGAAAACUUACUGCUAAAUGGAGGAUUUGAAUAUGGUCCAGAAUUUCUUAGCAGCUCUACCGAGGGAAUAUUGAUUGAACCAGCACCAAGUGUUGUUCAAUCCCCAUUGCAAGAGUGGUCUGUGUUAGGAACUGUAAACUACAUAGAUUCAAAGCACUUUUUCGUCCCACAAGGCAAUGCUGCAAUCGAGAUUGUUUCAACCGGCAUACAAACAUCAGCAAGCCUUAAAGAGGGAUCGAGUUAUAGUUUGGGAUUCACACUUGGAGAUGCUAACAACUCAUGUGUGGAAGAUUUUUUUGUGGCUGCCCAAGCAGGGUCAACAGUUCAAAAUUUCACUCUUCCCAGCAAAGGCACAGGCUCAGCCAAGAAAUUCUCAAUGAAGUUCAAGGCAGAUUCAAGUGUGACAACAAUCAGUUUUCUGAGUUUUGCUGAAAGUCAAACAAAAGAUGGUAUUCUUUGUGGUCCCGUUGUUGAUGAUGUAGUGUUGCGAGUUUCGAGUGGGAUGAAACCAGAUAUCCAAUGGACCCUUCUCGUUAUUCUGUAUUUUGCAGCCUUUCUAACAUUUUAUUAAUGUUGACAAAAUAGAAUUUUUGUAGCUCUGUAAUCCAAGCAAUUUUGAGUUGGAUUUGCAGGGUUGAUUAUGUAUAAUCGAAUUUUUAUCUGUCUAAUUAUUGGAAUAAACUACCAUCCA